AUUAUGAAAUAUCUGCGGCCGCAGAGUGCAUAUUGGUCCCGUGGCAGCUGAGGAGGCUGCGGGGAGGCCCUUGUCGCAGGUCUGGCAGGCGGAUAGGACCUGCCGCCGCCUCUUGCUUGCCUGCUGCCUCCGCCUCCGCACUGAGUCAGGGACUGAGAAGUUAAGCUCACUCUCCUGAAGCAGUCAGUCCUGCCUCUUUCCAGAGAGGCAUUCUCUGUCCUGCUCCUACCAGAAGGGAAGAAUCCCACUGCCAUGAACUCUGCCAUCCCCAGCGGCGAGCUCCCCAGCUGCGUGCAGAGGGAUGAAGGAGUGCUCAACCCUGAUGCUGACAGCCACAGCAGGAAGAAGGACCAGCAGCCUGAGACUCCCAGCAGCAGCAGCAGCAGCAGCAGCAACAGCAGCAGCCACCUGGCCUAUGGCAUCUUGGAUGUCCCUCCGUGGUAUCUCUGCAUCUUUUUUGGGAUCCAGCACUUCCUCACAGCCCUGGGGGGACUUGUGGCGGUGCCGCUCAUCCUGGCCAAGGACCUGUGCCUGCAGCAUGACCCCCUGACCCAGAGCUACCUCAUCGGCACCAUCUUCUUCGUCUCUGGAAUCUGUACUCUCCUGCAGGUGUUUUUAGGGGUCAGGCUCCCCAUUCUCCAGGGAGGCACAUUUGCUUUCGUGGCACCCUCUUUGGCCAUGCUCUCUCUUCCGGCCUGGAAGUGCCCGGAGUGGACACUCAAUGUCACCCAGGUGGACACCAGCUCUCCUGAAUUUAUAGAAGAGUGGCAGAAGAGGAUCCGAGAGCUGCAGGGCUCCAUCAUGGUGGCUUCCUGUGUGCAGAUUCUAGUGGGCCUCUCGGGCCUCAUUGGCUUCCUUAUGCGCUUUAUUGGCCCCUUGACCAUCGCCCCGACCAUCACCUUGGUGGCCCUGCCUCUCUUUGAAUCUGCAGCCCAGGACGCCGGAAUCCAUUGGGGGAUCGCCUCCCUGACCAUCUUCCUCAUCGUGCUGUUUUCUCAGUACCUGAAGAAUGUCGCGGUGCCCGUGCCUGUGUGUACAGGAUGGAAGAAAUGUCGCACUGCCAAGUUCCACGUGUUUCAGGUCUUCCCUGUGCUGCUGGCCCUCUGCCUGUCCUGGCUCCUCUGUUUUGUGCUCACCAUCACCAACGUCCUCCCCUCGGCCCCCACCGCUCCUGAGUACCUGGCCCGCACGGACUCCAGAGGCAGCGUCCUGAGCCAGGCCCCCUGGUUUCGCUUCCCUUACCCAGGACAGUGGGGCCUCCCGACCGUCAGCCUGGCUGGGGUCUUCGGGAUCAUCGCCGGUGUCAUCUCCUCCAUGGUGGAGUCUGUGGGUGACUACUACGCCUGUGCCCGGCUGUCGGGGGCCCCACCCCCUCCGAAGCAUGCCAUCAACCGUGGCAUCAGCAUCGAGGGCCUCGGCUGCCUGCUCGCAGGGGCCUGGGGGUCAGGGAACGGCACCACUUCUUACAGCGAGAACAUCGGGGCGCUGGGUAUCACCAGGGUGGGGAGCCGGAACGUGAUUGUCGCUGCAGGCUGCGUGCUGCUCGUGAUGGGUGUAUUUGGAAAGAUCGGGGCUGCAUUCGCCACCAUCCCAACCCCUGUGAUCGGAGGCAUGUUCCUCGUCAUGUUUGGGGUCAUCAGUGCCGUGGGGAUCUCCAAUCUGCAGUAUGUGAGCAUGAACUCUUCCCGGAACCUCUUCAUCUUUGGCUUCUCCAUCUCCUUUGGGCUUGCCAUUCCCAGCUGGGUGAACAGGAAUCCCGAGAGGCUGCAGACAGGGAUCCCCCAGCUGGACCAGAUCCUCCAGGUGUUGCUGACCACAGGCAUGUUUGUCGGAGGAUUCCUGGGCUUUCUCCUGGACAACACCAUCCCAGGAAGCCAGGAGGAGCGAGGCCUGCUGGCCUGGACUAAGAUCCAUGAGGAUUCUGGAGUGACACUGCAGGCCUCGGAGGUCUACAGCCUGCCCUGGGGUGCCGGUACCCGGUUCUGCACCUGUUCCUGGGCACGAAAGUUACCCUUCUGGCCUGAGCCAAACCAGGAGGAGGCUAGCCACCAGCUGAGUGGUCCUUUGCUCCUGAAUACCCUUAGCAGAGCCCCUGAGGGGUGCCUGGAUAUCAGGAUCUGAGGACAGCUGACCCCAUACAUCAGGCUACCCUGGAGCACCAAUCUAGGUCACUUCAGGGUCCCUAGGUCACUGCAGGCCACAGUGCAUGCUUCUGCUGUUCUCCCAACUCUAGCUUGGACCAGCUCAAGGAGGCCCAGCAGAACUGCUCUUCCACCGAGCUGCACUUUGAUGACUUGGAAGAGGCAGACAGGGAGGUGCAGUUUGCUGAAAGGCGACAGGACACAAGAGGCAUCAGGGCCCUGUGAUCUUACCAUCCUUCCCCACUAAUGCUUCUGCUGAGGCUUGGGUUGGGCAGUGUGAGGAGCACCCCAAUAUCCCCCACCUCCUCCCAAUUGCUGAGGAGCCAGCCCCUUGAGUGUGGGACACCAGCCUGACCACUUCUCCCCAAGCAGAGUUGAGGCAGGACAGUGACUGAGCUCUGGUCUGCUGUGGCUCCCUCUUCUUUUCUCUUCCAUCUCCCCUCCAGGAGUGAAUGGGGGAUGGGGACCCAGAGCCACAGAGUGGUGGUCAUCAGACACCUUCCAGGAGGACAAAAUUAACCAGAUCAAGGGUGCUGAGACCCCAGUGCAAUGACAGUGCAGGCCUGAGGCCCCCUACCUUAUUUCCAUUUUCUUUCUGUGGCUGCCCCAUAAUGCUUUGCAGCCUUUCAGGCACCAUGAGGUGCCCAGAGCCAUCCUGGGAGGUGCUUUCUUUGGCUGCGGCAGGCUUCAGAUGACAUAUCCCAUAUGACGACUGCCCCUCUGCAGCCCUCCUCGGUCAGGUCCAAGAGGGGUUCGACCCCUAUCCAUGACCAAACAGAAAGUCUGAUUCCACAUAGAAGUGAGCCGGCUUCAUUUAUUGAUUCCGUCUGUGUGCUCUUCCCCUUGUGGCUGCAGCGAGGCUCUAGUAAAGCCUCUUUCUGGACUGCA